GCAAUUUAAAAAGACGAAAUACGUUAAACCAUCGCCACUAUUUGUAAAGAAGGUGAGCCCAAAUUUUUCGAGAUCUUAAAAAUAGUUGAGACUUCAGUUUCUGAGCUAAACUACUUAUAAGGAAAUCAAUAAUUUUUAAAAAAUGCUCGAAAUUGUACCUCUCACAUAACAAUACAUUAAAUAUUGGAAGAAUGAAGUACAUCGAAUACUGGAGAAAAGCAUGGGGUGCGCCUAGGACCUUGAUCCUGGAUUGGGAAUGACAUGUUGCAGGGGAACCUAAACCAUGGGGUAUCAUGCUGACAAAUUCAGUUGCCUGAAUGUGCAUAUUGCCAAACGAUUUUUCUGUCGUCGUAAAAACUGUUCAAACUAUUGGUUAAUUGCGUAAUAUUAAUAACAAAACAAGGAAAUCAAAAUUAAUAUUGAAUUCUUCUGAUUCCUAAUCAACCACAAAUAAGGAAAAGAGAACAGUUGACAUUAUGCAGUUAUUGAAAAUAAACCAUUGUAUAUGUUAUUAUUAUAGGAGUUAUUAGUGCCAUAAUGUAGUAAUGUUGAGAAACAAUCCAAAAUGAAAAUCUUUUUGUUAUUGGUGUUUGUGUUACUAUUUUGUCGUGAUAUGAGUUUGACUGCACAAGAUUAUCAUGAAAAAUAUGUUAUUUUAUGUUCAAAUUAUCAUUUGCACAAAAAAGAGAAUAUUAAUUUUGAGGAAUCAUUCUUGGACGUAGCCGAAAGUUUCGGUUACAAACUGAAAAGAGUGACAAGUAAUUGUGAUUUAGCAGAGACACUUAAAUACAGUGAGUUUUACAGGAACAGCGUUGUUAUCAAUUUUAACCUCAUUGAUUUUGGCAAUGCGAUCGAAGUUAACAAACUUGGCAGUUACGAUGGAAACAUAAUCGUGGAAUACUAUGACAAAUUAAACAAUAGCAUAUGCGAAUAUAAUAGUAAAAAUAAUCAAACAGAUAUGUAUGGAAGAAAUUGCAGUGGUCCUGCUUUUAAUGCCAAAAACAAAAUAUUUGUAGGCUCGAUAGAAGAGAAUACAGCUCUUUUUAAUGUUUUUAGAGCUAUCACAGACAAACAUAUAAAAGUUAAAAAUAAUUUUAGAAAUAUUUUACUCUGUUCAGAUAUAUGCGACUCAUAUAUUAUUAAUACACAAUUUCAUAUAAUUUGUGAACAAUGUGAUAAGGAAUUCGAAUGCGAUAACAAUACUAUAGCGAUUGUUGCGCCAACGCCUGAAAAAGUAAAAGUACCAUUUAACGAAAAUAUACCGAUUAUAUUUUAUGAUACUUUUUAUAUGGAAGAAGAUUUCGGAGAAGAUACAGAUGUAUCAAUAUAUGACUAUGAUACUAGUACCACUUCAAUACAUUGGAAAGCACUCUCGACUAUGACAAUUGAUGUCAUAAACAGUCGCAUUUGGGAAAGAAUCGCCGUAAUAUCAGAUGAUUCUGCGUUAAGUAAGAUAUUAAGAAAUGAUCUUAUAGAAAACUUUGUAAAGAAGUCCGUUUUAUUCGCGAUACGAAAAUGUUCAGAAGUGGAUGAGUUCAAAAAGACACUUAUACUAUUCAAGGAAGUAAGAGCACCAAUAAUUAUUGUCUACGUAGCUAAACGUAACUUAGGUAAGUUCAUAAGAAGUGCUCAAGAAGUGGAAAUGGCCAAAGAUGAUGUUAUCUGGGUAUUCCCAGGAUACAAAGAAAAUGAUAUAAAGGGAUUUAAGUACGCUACUUUUAUAUACUGUAAACCCGAGUAUGAAGUAGCGCUGUCAAUAGUGAUCCAUAAAUAUAAGAGAGCUUUCGGUAACGAAGAUAAAUUCAGAAAGUAAGUC